AUGUCUGUUAGGAGAAAAACAUUGGCUGCGGUGACUGGCUCUAUGCCGCCACCACCUCUGCAAUUCUCAGGCUCUCAAUAUGGAGAUCAGCCUCCACCCUCUUCUGUCGCAGUUAUUGUCCAAAAUUUAUCAAAAAAUGGAAGUGGUUCCUCUCGAAUGGUUGAUCGCGACACAUUUCAGCAGUUGCUGGCGGAAGUAAUGGGAACAGAUGGGGACCCUUCAGACGCAAGCCUCGAAGACAAUGUGAGGAUAAACUACAAAGUUGUGGAAGUGGUCAUGGAAGCUGGAAUCAGCGUCCUAUUAAAUGGAGACCCCUUCGCUUCUACCAGCGAUUUACUGCUUCAAGCAACGAACAGCCUACUUGUGGUGAGGUUAACAAUUCAAAGAUCACCACAGGUGCUAUUUUGCCAACCAUCUGUUGAGCAUGCCGCCGAACCGAAUCGACCAAUACUUUUCUUAUGGUUAUUACCUAGAUUGUUUCCGCUUCUUGGGCACAAAGUUGCGGAAAACAUAAAGCUAGAACUAAUACAGACAAUAGAAGCUAUCCUUAUAGCUGCAGCGAAGGAGUCUGAGGCGUGGAAAUAUCUGACAACGGUGAUGGGGUACUGUCGGAGCUGUGUUACGUGUAUCAUCGAUUCGUUCCAUAGCACCGCGAAAAUCACCGCUGCUAUGUCCAAUUCCUUUAGGCUGGAGCUCCCAGACGAAGACUUUUCGAUCAAUCUAUCACAACUACCCACAAAUUCUCCCCCAGUGACGCAUCAAUCCCUCAGAUUUGUUAUUAAGGAUCCAGAAAACGCAGCUUGUGUAGCCAUUCAUCUUUUUGCCGUACUUUCCAGGAUUUCUGCUUCUAGCGAUGAUAUUCCUACACUAAGAACUGCCGCAGACAAUUUCUUGUGGUUCUUGCAAAACAUCUCAAAGCUAUGGAAAAGCAUGAGAAUUUGGGAGUCCAUUCCGAUGUUGCAGACAAAAGUUUCUAGAAUCCGCAUCAAUAUCUUGGAGGCAUUAGGGAGUUCCCUGGGUCAAAUACCAAGAUCGCAAUAUGGGAGCAUAAAAUGCGAUAAUUUAUGCCUGCUUAUAGUACGGUGUGCUAGUGAGACUUUGAGCCAACUGGUGGAGCAAGCAAACCAACCCACAGAACUUGUUCUGGCAAGUGUAUUUCUUGGAGUCUUAUUAGUCGCAGGCGACGCGCUCUCGGUUGAUGAACUUUUGAGGGAGCAGGCUCUUCCUGUGGCAUUUAAAGCUAUGAAUAAUGAUAUAACAUGGGAAAUUCUGGAUCGCGAUCUUCAAAUGGUAGUAAUACGUCUUGUCCUCGAUGUUUCUAAAGAUCCCGAGAUUACAAGAAAAGCGAUAUCUCUCUUGCAGUCAGGUACAGAAGGGGGGUGGAUUUUUAGAAACGAAAAAUUACAGGAGGAGGCCGAUCGGCUCAGGACCAUUGAGAUAUCAGAAUCUUUGGAGCAGAAAGACAAUAACAGCGGCCGUAGAAAACGUCCUAGGCUCAUGAUAAAAGACGAGGUGCCCAGUGUGGAAACCCACCCUUUGGUAUUAGAGACAUUCCGUCUUCUGGGAUACCGAGGGGUAGCUGGUCUACAGGGGUUGAGCGCGGUGGUGUUAGGAGACGCUUUCAAUAAAAUCGAUGAGAAUGAGCAAUGCACUGUUGUUCAAUCUCUUGGGCUCAUCUCUUGUAUCUUGGCCGGCAAUCUGACUGAGGGCCUAGAGCUUGAUCAAAGGAACUUGCAAUGUACCCACUAUUAUUGCUCCUAUUGUGACGCUGAAACCACAGGAAUAUCUUUAGCAGCCAGAUCAUAUGCCGAUGAACGGAAUGAUGUGCUAUUCACAGUUUUGGAGAUUCUUCAGAAGUUGGACAACUUCCGGGGUUCUUCAAGAGUGAGGAUCCAAUUCCUCGCAGAAAUACAUGAUGUAACGCCUAAGCAGUUACUCACACCAUAUUGGCGCAGCAUCAGCGCAAGUGUUGUUAAACAGCUACAGUCCAAACCGCAGAUUGCUGGAUACCUUUCAGAUAUAUUGGGGAUCAGUGUAGACGACUUCCUGGGGACCACUCAAACAUAUACACUACCUUACAUGAUAUUGUGGAAACGGGUAGAAAUAGUUGAAAGGGUUGCACAGGCAUGUGGUAAGAGUGCUUGGUUUGUAUGCCAUGAAAAUAUGACCUUUAUUCUUGCUCUUCUUCUUGCCCAAGACGUGGGAGAUAUCGAACAAACGACAAUGGCUCUACUUAUAAAUGCCUCAGAGAAUUUUAAGUCAUGUUCAUUGAGGGAGCUGGUAAGACCUGAGAAAAUCACUCUUGCAACUGAACUGUUGAAAGCUGCUGGCGAUGCAGACCAAGAGAAUAAGGAACCGAUACAUAGAGCACUAGCAUUGGUAGCUGAGCUUAGUCGAACAACGAAAUCAGCCGAGAGCAAGGAAGCACCUUUAGACGAAUUUUUCAAAUUAAAUGUUCUCGGAAUAUUCACCGAAUUCAUGACAUUGUUAAAAGAAGCUCCUACCCCGAUGGUAGAAAAAAUUCGUAUUAUAAAAGCGAUUGAGGAGAUGGUUAUAUUGGCCGGGGGGUAUAUAAGUGGCGCACUACCGCAGAUAUGCGCCUGUUUACAAUCAGCACUGGAAACCGAACAAUUGCGAACAAGCGCUUUAUAUGCUUGGAGUGCAAUCAUAACGACCUUACCCGCAGAAGUAAUCAGUCCAUUGCUAGUUCAAACUUUCUCAGUGAUAUUGCAAUACUGGAAUGAUUUUCAGGACGAUGCAAGGAAGAGAGCUCAAGAAAUCAUUACACACUUUUUCAAUAAAUAUUCCCGGACUAUCGAAAAAGAUGUUGGCAUGAUUCCUUCUUUGGCAUUGAUACCAUCGUCUUCGCAUUUUGAAACACAACUUAAAGAAUGGAGAUGUUCCAUUGGUGUAAAACAACGUUUCGACCUUCUUUCACGGCGAUGUCGCCAUGAAAAUGUGGCUGUUGUAGAACAGGCAUUGAUUGAGUUAACAGGGUUCAUUAGGGAAAACCAAGCAUUCAUACAUACAGCGGCCAUAAAUGAACAGCCUGACGAGGUGGUUCCUCAGUUAAUAAGGACACUUUUGGAUGUUGUUGUUGCAUUCAAAAACACGGAUUUAAACUCUAAUCCUAAGGUUCAGCUGAAUAUCCAACGCCUUUGUGCCGAAUCACUCGGUUUGAUAGGAGCCGUGGACCCCAAUCGUGUGGAAACAACUCGAGAGAUACGCGAUAUGAUGGUCUUACAUAAUUUCGAGAAGGCAGACGAGAGUGUUGAAUUUGUUGUUUUUUUCCUAGAGGAGAAGGUUGUAAAGGCAUUUCUUUCAGCUACUGAUACGAAAGUCCAGGCUUUCCUCGCAUUUGGAAUGCAAGAGCUACUAAGAUUUAUCGAAGUAGGAGUUGAUGUUAGUCGCAGUCGUGGCGCACGAGUUCCUCAGUCUAUAGUCGCAGCUGAAAGAUGGGCAUCCUUUAGCACAACAGCCCGGAGUGCUCUGACGCCGUUUCUGGGAUCUAAAUAUAUUCUGCAGCAGAAAGCCCAGGUUUCAUCUUAUAUCUCUAUAUCUCUGUUUCUGUUACCAUUUGUCACAUUGAAUGUCAUCAUUGCGGGAGAAGACAGUGAUCGGAAAAACAUUGCCAGCGAAAUAUUGGCCGUGCUACGACCUACGGAGGGUUCAGAAAGCAUUAUGGCUUCAGAAAAUCUUAAGCAGUGCACCGAGACGGUUUUUCUUCUCAUAGACCAUUUAACAAGGUGGCUACGCGAUAAGAAAAAAUUAAACUCAUCGCUUCAGGUUCAACGAGCAAGGCAACAAAAUCGUCACGUUGCUUUAGAAGAUGAGACUGGGAAAGAUGUUGCUGUCGAACGGGUCGAAUCAGUCCUUUCUGUAAUACCUCCAGACAUGAUGGGUAUACGUUCAUUUGAAUGCCAAUCAUAUGCAAGAGCUCUUUUUUAUUGGGAACAACACAUUCGCCAGAAAAGAGAUACUACACGUGAAGAUGAGAUGACGCCUUUAUAUGAGAGGCUACAGCAUAUAUAUACUCAGAUUGACGAACCAGACGGAAUCGAGGGCAUUUCGACGAAAUUGCCUGUUCUCAAUCACGACCAACAAAUCCUCGAACAUCGGAAGGCUGGAAGAUGGACAGCUGCACAGAGUUGGUAUGAACUUCUCUUAUGCGAGAAACCAGAUGAUUUGGAAAUUCAGACAAAUCUUCUAACCUGCUUGAAAGAGUCCGGGCAACAUGAAAUGCUUUUAAACCAGGCUGACGGCAUGAUGGCCAACUCUCCAAAUCCCCACCCAAGGAUACUAGAAUUUGCCAUAGAAGCCUCCUGGAUUUCUGGCAAAUGGGACGUGUUAGAUAAAUAUCUCAUGAGGUCUGAGGGCUCGAUAGAAUCGUCUUAUGAAAUCAAAAUAGGUAGCGCUUUAUCUGCACUGCGCAAGCAAGACACGGAUACAUUUGCAAAGGAGAUAGCCAGAGCGCGGGAAAAUGUCGUAAGCAGGUUGUCCGAAUCUCUUACGGGGUCUUUACGUCAAUGCCAUGAUUCAAUGGUCAAACUUCAUUCAUUAUCAGAGAUUGAGGAAAUCAGCUUGACAUUACAGCAAGGAACCUUUGAUAAAGCAAGUUUCUCGGCAAAUCUAGAGAGGCGUCUUGAUGUGAUGGGGACUUACUCGAAUCAUAAGCAAUACAUUCUGGCUCUUCGUCGGGCUGUAUUCCAGCUUUCCGGUGCCGAAUUAGCUAAGGACAAUAUUGCAUCGACUUGGCUCGCUAGUGCUCGCUUUGCAAGGAAGGCAGGUCAAAUACAUCAAUCAUUCAAUUCGGUUCUCCAUGCCUCAAGACUCGGUGCACCACUCGCGACUGUAGAACAUGCAAAACUAUUGUGGCACGAAGGCCAGCAUCGGAAAGCUAUACAAAAUCUUGAGGGGGCAAUUUCUUCAAACAUGAUACAAACUAACGACUCUAUCACUGAGACUAUACAAUCUGGAAAGAACCACCCUCAAAAUAUUGUCUCAGCGAAAGCUAUUCUUUUGUUAGCAAGGUGGCUGGAUGGGGCAGGCCAAACUCAUUCAAAAGAGAUCAUCUCGAAAUACACCAAGGCAUCAUCAUACUUUGUUAGAUGGGAGCAAGGCCAUUACUUUCUCGGACGGCAUUAUAAUAAGCUUCAUGAGGCCGAGAAGGGGAUUGCGCCACUCAGUCAAAGCCAGCCCUUCUUAAAUGGAGAAACAGCACGAUUAGUCUGCCAGUCUUACCUUCGUGCUCUUGCAUUCGGAACAAAAUAUAUAUUCCAGACAAUGCCUCGAGUAUUAACCCUUUGGCUAGAUCUAGGUGAGAACCAGGAAUUGGAAGAAGUUCACGGAAGUGCGGAUUUCAGAAGUCAUAUUUUAAGAGAGAGACUCAAGAAUUUGACCAAUCUACACCUCUCGGUACAAAAGUAUAGCGAGAGGCUACCCGCGUGGAUGUUUUAUACCGCAUUUCCCCAAAUAAUAUCUCGAAUUGUCCAUCCUAGCCAAGAGGUCUACACGCAUCUCCAGAACAUCAUUGUAAAGGUUGUUUCAACGCAUCCCAGACAGGCCCUCUGGUCACUUACAGCGGUGUGCAAGUCAACAUCAAGAGAAAGGUCCAGUCGUGGUGCGAGGAUAAUUAACAGGAUAAAAGAAAAUUAUGUUGCUAAGGGCCGGAGAGAAGCAGACAAUGAGUUGAAGAAUUUAAUAUUGCAGUCGCAAAAGCUCACAGAUCAGUUACUGCGUCUCUGUGACGCUGAUCUGCCUUCGAAAGCAGUCACUGUCAGUUUGACGAAAGACCUUGGAUUUAAUCAUUCCGUAGCACCUUGCAUGCUUGUGGUACCUUUACAAACAGUUCUCACAGUGACACUUCCCCCAACCCCCGAAUCUAUAAAAACCAUGUUCCAUUUAAUCUAUCUGCGCCUACUAUUGCAGGGUUCGCCGACGAUGCGGAUAUCAUGUCGUCUUUACAAAAGCCUCGAAAAUUAA